AUGUACCUUUUUUUUGAGGGAUUUAGGUUACUUGAAGAGUUGAAGAAUUGGGUUUACAAAAGAGAAAUUGCGAAAGGUUACGUCGUUGUGACCCAACGAAUGAUAACAAAAGGCAAAGGUUCAUCAGCAAGGACAGUGAAGAUAUGGUUGCAAUGCGAUCGUGGCGGCGAACCCAAAAGUAAAGCAACAGUUCAGCAUUCCGGUAGCAAAAAGGUUGGCUGUCCUUUUAGACUGAUAGGGAAACUAGACUCAAGUAGUGGUAAUUGGAGCCUAGUGGAGAAGAAAAACAUUCAUAACCAUGAGCCUGCUGAAUUUCUCGAGGGCCACGCGUUUGCUAGAAGGCUGACCCCGGAUGAAGAAUCACUGGUGGAAAGACUUUAUCUGCAAACCAUGGAGCCUACAGAUAUACAUUUAACCAUAAGAAAACAAAACCCACACAGCGUGUGCAUUCUACAGACGUACAAAACAUGA